AGCAUGCGCACUCGGUGUAAACAGGAAGAGAAGGAGAAAAAGUAGGUUAAAUCUGCCAUAAAGAGACGACAGAAUGAUCCAACCAGAACCAAACAACCGCGCAGUUUUCUCCAGAUAUUAACCGGCGCGAACGAUGUUCUGCAAAACCUGAUUGUAUUUUCGAUUUUAUUUGAUAGACUCGUUAAUAACCUAGCCAGCGCCAGACGGUCGGUGACGCGAUUUAUUUCUCGCUGGUUUUGCUCGGCGCAUCAGCCGCGCUAACCCGCAUUAAAACUCGCCUCUGCGCUCUCUCGCGCUUUAUAUUAAUCUUUCCGCUUGGCACCGAAGUGAAUCUGCAAAAAAAGAAAAAAAAAUGGUUCAGAAAGAUAAGACGUUAGACACGCCGCAGGUGGACGGGGAGUCGAGCCCCAGCCCAGUCUCCGGAGAGGCUUGUGUGGAGGCCCCCGGCCCGGUGGAAGAAUCCGGCAUCGUCGUGGAGCAGAUGGGCCUCAGGAAAUUCAUCAGUGGAGUCGUUGAAGGUUUCUAUGGUCGACCCUGGACAAUGGAGCAGAGGAAAGAGUUAUUUAGAAGGCAGCAGAAAUGGGGGCUGAACACAUACCUUUAUGCUCCCAAGGAUGACUACAAACACCGAAUGUUCUGGAGAGAGUUGUACUCAGUCGAAGAAGCAGAACAACUCAUGACAUUAAUUGGUGCUGCAAAGGAGCAUGCAAUAGAGUUCAUCUAUGCCAUUUCUCCUGGACUGGACAUCACCUUCUCUAAUCAAAAAGAGGUUUCUGCACUUAAGAGGAAACUUGAUCAGGUUACUCAUUUUGGCUGCAAAUCAUUUGCCUUACUUUUUGACGACAUUGAUCACAACAUGUGCCCUGCUGACAAGGAGGUCUUCAGCUCAUUUGCACACGCUCAGGUUUCCAUUACCAACGAAAUCUACCAGUAUCUGGGAGAACCUGAAACCUUCCUUUUCUGCCCCACAGAGUAUUGUGGAACAUUUUGUUACCCAAGUGUCUCUCAGUCACCCUACCUCCACACAGUCGGAGAGAAGCUCCUGCCUGGCAUUGACGUGCUCUGGACAGGCCCCAAAGUGGUGUCUAAAGACAUCUCGGUUGAGUCCAUCGAAGAGGUGUCUAAAAUCCUUAGGAGAGCUCCUGUAAUCUGGGACAAUAUUCACGCUAAUGAUUAUGAUCAGAAGAGGCUUUUUCUGGGUCCAUACAAGGGACGCUCCACAGAGCUCAUCCCCAGAUUGAAGGGAGUCCUCACGAAUCCCAACUGCGAGUUUGAGUCAAACUUUGUGGCAAUCCACACUUUGGCUACCUGGUACAAGUCAAAUAUGAACGGGGUACGAAAGGACGUGGUCAUGACCGAUGGCGAGGACAGCACCGUGUCCAUCCAGAUCAAGUUGGAGAAUGAAGGCAGUGACGAAGAGCUGGAGACAGACAUACUGUACAGUCCACAGCUUGCUCUCAAACUGGCUCUCACCGAGUGGCUCGGAGAAUUUGGUGUGCCUCACCAGUACAACAGCCGACAGGUGCCUCAGAGUGGUGCCAAAAGCACAGUCAUAGAUGUGUCAUCCAUGGCCGCUCCGUCUCUGUGCUCCUCUACGACAGUCACGACUGUGUUCCAGCAGCCCAUCAUGUCUCCGGCAAUGCCUCCUCUCUGUCUCGAUCCUCUGUCACACCCCUUGGCGAAAAGACCUCAAGAAGUAGAGGAGGAGGAGGUGGAGGUGGAGAAGAAGGAUUCCGAUGAAGAGCCCAUGGAGAUGGUGGUUGAGAAGCAGGACGAGGCGGAACCAGAAGCCGAACCAGAGGACAAGCUCGUCGGCCCCAUCCUCGCCGACAAGAUGUCCGAAGAGCUCAAGCCGAUGGACACGGACAAAGAGAGUCUGGCGGAGUCCAAGUCUCCCGAGGAAUCCAUCCAGGAGGACUCUGGGAGUGAUAUUGCACCCAUGCAGACGGACGAUCAGCUCAAACAGGUGCCUCAAACGCUGGAAGUGUUUGUGCCCGGGCCCAACGAGAAGCCACUGUUCACAGCCGAGCCCAUCACCAUCGAGGACCUGUGCUUGUUGGCGGAGCUUUUCUACCUGCCUUACGAACACGGGCCCAAGGCCAUGCAGAUGUUGAAGGAGUUCAACUGGCUCCGGGCGAACAGCAGCGUCGUCAGCGUCAACUGCAAGAGGAAGGAAUCCGAAAAGGUCGCAGAAUGGCAGUCAAGGGCCGAGAAGUUUGAAGAAAUGUGCUGCUCGGUCAUCCAGAUGUUCACACGGCUGUCUAACACAGCGAAUCGCACCAUCCUCUAUGACCUCUACCCUUACAUCUGGGACAUCAAGAGCAUCAUUUCUAUGGUCAAGUCUUUUGUCCAGUGGCUCGAUGGAAGAAUCCUCAGUACAAGUUUCUACUGCUAUUGGAUCGACAGUGGCCGAUGGUGUCGUAGUCAGUCCUCAGCACAAUUCCUUAGAGGAGACCAAGAGCCCUGGGCCUUUAGGGGAGGUCUAGCAGGAGAGUUCCAGAGGUUGUUGCCAAUAGACGGGGCAAACGAUCUUUUCUACCAGCCUCCACCGUCAAUGCCAACCUCCAAAAUCUAUUCCAUCAGGCCGUACUUUCCCAAAGAUGAGGUUGCAGUUUACAAAAUCUGUAAAGAGAUGUACUGUGAGGGAAUGGAGGACGCCCCGUUCUCUGACGACGACCCGGACCUCAUCGGAGACAGGUUAGUCGGCGGUCUCCUGACGCUGAGCUCAGACUACGGCUUCGUGCUGGAGGACGAAGACGGGAUCUGCGGCUACGCGCUCGGCACGGUGGACGUCAAACCCUUCGUCAAGAAGUGCAAGCUGAACUGGCUCCCCUUCAUGCAGGAGAAGUACCACAAGCCCGACGACCAGAAAGACCUGACGGAGGCUGAGAAGAUGAUGUUGAGUUUCCACGAAGAAGAGGAGGGUCUGCCCGAUUCUUUCCUCUCCAACUUCCCGUCCCUGAUCAAGGUCGACGUUCACGCCAAAGUAACCGACCCCAGUGUGGCAAAGAGCAUGAUGGGAUGUUUAUUAUCCUCUCUGAAGGCUAAUGGGUCCCACGGUGCGUUCUGUAAGGUCCGUCAGACUGAUAAGCGAAUGUUGGACUUCUAUAGUAAGCUGGGAUGCUUCGAAGUGGCCAAAAUGGAGGGCUUCCCCAAAGACGUCAUCAUAAUGGGACGCAGCCUCUGAGGGAGCAAACAGAAAACAGCUCUGAUGUGUUUGCUACCUUCAUGAGAACAUUUUUUGUGAUGAUUUUAUACUUACAUAACCAUCUGGGCAGCCCCAGAAGACCCUUUUUUUUUUUUUUUUUUUUUUUUUUUUUUAGGUUUUGUGUAAAGAAGCACAGAAGUGGCACACAGAGGCCCUCACAUGUUACAACUGUGUCAGAUCCACAGCCGAUUGAUCUGUAGUGGGAAGGUGAAGCUGAUUUUUAAGAUCCCACUUCUCGUGUACCUCUAGGAGUAAGGAAGCGACAUCUACAUGAGCCUUUUUCUGAUUUAAUUGAGUCGCCAUUACAUGGAUACCAAACGCCCUAACGCCGAGUGUCUGCAGUGAAACGAGGGUGGCUCUUUCUUCAAGUAGUUUUACAACCAUGUGUCCUGUUUUCCAGCUUUGAUAGGGAGAAAUGAUGUCCCAGCUGACUCCAAUGGGCGAGGUGUUUACCUUUCAUUGCCACUUUUUCUAUGAGCUCUGCAGCAGAGUUGGAGAUCGAGGCCUUUUCAGUGUCAUUCCUAACAAACCCGAUGCGAAAGGCGGAGUCUGUGCUCGUCCAUUUGGUUCCCUGAACAGAACAGGACCACAGACCCGUGAUGUAGUGAGAGCUGUUCAAAACUUUGCCAGGAGGUUAUCUAAAUUUCUUUAAAGAAAAGCUUCUACAGGUUUACAAACGUGGUUCUCAGCCUAUUUCCAUUUUUGUUGUAUUUAUAUAUAGAAAUCCAGUCAUUGUUUUUGCUUAUGUCCUCUUCAGCUGUUGCCUUUUGGUUCGCUGCCUUUGGAUUUUGGGAUUAUUUCGCAGACCUGCUCUUGCGUCCAGCUUUUCUAAUGCGCCACUCAGACAUAACCAGAACACGGGGGAUUGAUUUGUUUUUGAAAGUCCAUGUUGUUCAUAAUAGUAGAGAUGUAGCCGCACAGUCACAUGUUUCAGUUGUAACAGGAGCACAAAAAUAGUUUGAUAAACCUGGAGGUCAUACGGUAUCAAGUUGUGUAGAAGGACUCACUCAGCAUUUUUAAUCUUAAUUCCUUCUCUUAUGUCACUAAAACAUUGAGUUCACCUGUCUGCACGAAUUUAGGUUUUUUUUUUGUUUGUUUUUUUUUUUCUUUUGUCAAGGUCUCAAAAGUAGAAUCAGCACUCCUAAACUCAGUGGGACCAAACCAUUCUGAUCUGCUAUUGAAAAGAAAAAUACUUUAGUAAUAGUUACACUGGUGAUAAUCCUUAAAACCAAGAAACGUUCACCUCCUUUCACUUUUUCUUUUUUUCACCCACCGCCAAACCGAGCUGUGCAGCAUCAGCUGUGAAAACGUCAUUUCCGACCUGCCAUGGCUUCUUUUUUUUUGUUUUACUGUUGUAUACAGAUGAAUGUAUCCUCAGUCGGAUCCUGGCGAGUGCUCUUUACACCGCCGAGGUCACCAAAUGUCGUCAGAAGUGGCGCCGGUUUAGCUGCAGUGGUGAGUCCAUUGGAGCAGAAACCCAUUGAAUGUUUUGUACUUUUGAUGCAUUUCCUCUUUGUUUCAUGUAAAAUCUAUAUAGUUUUAAAAAAAAAAAUGCACUUUGACUUAGAGAUAGGAGUGUUCUGUUGGUUACA